GCAUCGUGUCAUUAUAGUAUGUUUAAAAUUAAUUGGAGAUGCAAGGGAAGAAUUUGAAUUUAUCCAUCUGGUGACCACCUAGAAUGCGUUCUGACCCAUGGUUUUGUCUGAGUGGAUUUCUUAGUGGAAACUUUUUAUUUUGUGUGCGAGAAUGACGUUGAUUAGCCCUUGUGGAGUUGGAGUUUAACCCAUUUGAUUCAAUUAGUGCGAAGUAAGAAGUGUGGCUCAGUCGUCUCUAUUAAGAAUCGUUGGUGGAAUGAAUUCAUGUUGAAAGUUAAAAAAAGUCAUCUCAUCAGUCAUCAACAAUGGAUAAUUCAAUCUCCAGCAAUAUUUAUGGUUGGUUUACUUCAAUUAUAAGACGCGUGAAGACCAAACUACCAGAAAGCAACAAUGCAGCGGGAACUACAGUCCAAAACGAUUUACUAAUCAACGCAAGCUUCACCGAGCCUCCAAAUCAGAAUGAAAAAAGUUCACAUUCGUUCCCUGCUGACCCUGAAUGCAACACAGCCACAUAUUUGUUCACAAUCAACUCCAAUGAUAUAAUAAAAACUGUCAAAAUGGACAACGAACCUAAAAGUGUAAGCAGCAUUGAAGAAGACAUCGAAGAAGCCAUCACGGAGGCAUCAAGCGAUGCUGACCAGCCGGACAGUAAAUCAAAGUCCAACGAAGCUGUAAUGAAAAAGAGGCAGUUGUUUGAUCUCGAUCCUGGUGAUGUCAGCGCAGAUUUUCUUAUCGAUGACAAGGCUCUGUCAGGAGGUGGUUUGACACAACAUUUUCACCUAGACAAGUCGGAAUCGUUGAAAGAAACAGGUCGAAGCAGAAAAGAUGAGGUUAGUGAAAGGACAGAGAACGAUGUGCCGGAAAUCGAUGAGUCAAGUCAGUUGUACACUAGAAGUUUAGAUUUUAAAUCCUCUAUCUUAAACGUUGAUCCACAUGAGUGUUUAAGCUUGGACUCUCAGCUAAGAGUUAUACAACCUCGCCCUAGUCAUGAAGAUCUAAAUCAAAGCUUUGAACGGGACCAACUAGUUGAAGAGGUGAUGGAAUCUAAUCAUUCUGUAGAGAUGACUUUGAAUGACGAUGAACUAAGCUCAUUAGGUCCACACAUCGAUAUCAAUGAUGAGUCACAAAUGAAUAAAAUUCUUGGAGAUUCUCACGAUUCUUUGCCAAGUGAAAAGAAUUUGCCCAGUGAAAACCUUACACGAAGUCCAAGAAAAUCGGAAAGUGAAAAACUGCUGGCUAGUGAUAAUAGUUCACGCAGUGGAAAGAGCUCAAGUAAAGCCGAAAAUUCGAAAAGUGCUAAGAAAUCCGAUCCGGAUGCAGAUGAGUUGGUCGAUAAAGUGAUUGUCGUUAAACGCAUGGAACAGGUCAAAGGUGACUUCUUCAAAGAAGCUCUCGACGACAUAACUGAGGAGUCCGAGAGACAAUCGCAACAAUGCGCUGACGGCGGCAAUGAUAACACAUCGAACGAUUUUGAUAGCAUUAUUAGUUUGAAUAUGAUCCAAAUGCUCGAGAAUAAAGUGAAAGAUCUACAAGAGAUUGUGGCGAGCAAAGAUGUAUGUUUAGAGUCACUCAAUAUGCAAUUGCAUUCGGCCCAUGCACGGGACUCGUUUACGACCUCUCCUGAAAAUCGAGAUUCAUUGCGGGAUUUACCACCGUCCGGAAGGGAUUCAAGCAGUUUGGCGACAACAACAUCAACAGAAUAUCGGACAUUACUUGAUGACUUUGCUCCUAAGGUCUUUAACUUUCCCGACGAACUCAUACAACGCGAUCAACUAAUUGAAAAAUUGACUGAAUCACUGCAACAGUCGGUAAAAGUUCGUGAAGAGCUGCAAACUCAAAGUGAAGCAUUAUCGGGGGAAGUACAACAACUGCGAAAACAGCUAGCCGAAACGUUAGAACAAUUCAAGAAACCUUAUUGGCCUCGAGAUCAGGAGAGCAGCACAACCGGUCAACGACUAUCGGAAAUUGAAAUUGAUCUUGUUAGUGAGAGUGAUGAGGAUUUAGGCGAACAUUUUCUAACGGAUAACGAGGAAAAGAUGUCCACGUCCAAUCGGAAUUCUAGAGAACGCCAGUUGGGAGAUAUGAUCGGUGUGAACAUGACAUCGUUUGAGAAUUUCGAGCCAGGCCCCAUUCCGGCUAGUAAACAAAUUGAACAGUUUCAGAAAUAUUUAAAUUCGGAUGAGAUGCGAAUAUAUUUUAUGGUGCAGAAAAAGUUUGACGAUUAUUUGAGUGAGGAAAUAGAGAAAGUGAAGAUGAAGUAUGAAGCAGAGAUAAAAAUGCUGACUGAACAAUUGGAAAUUGAAAAAUGUGAUAAGGACUUUGAGGGAGCGCCCAGUGAAGAAAUGAGAAGAUCAACUUCGCCGAAACAAAUUGACGAUGAACUUCUGUUCGAGCAAAUGGAACAGCAGAUCCGGGACCUAACGCAACAAGUGUCCGAGUAUGAAGCCCAGAAAGAUAAAUUGGAGAUGGAAUUGAAAGCAUCAAUCGACAAAAUUUUCGUUCUCAGGGAAAUCAUCACCGAUCUGGAAACACAAGUCGACACCAAAGCGCUGAACGAAAAUGUGCUCAAUGAAAAGGUUAAGGAACUGGAAGCAUUCAUCACGACACAAGCUCGUUCAAAUGAGACUCUUCAUCAAGAAGUAGAAAGUUUGAAAUCGGAAAUAGGUCACGGCUACCAAGAGCGUAUUGCCCAAUUGGAGGAACAAUUACGGAAUACACGCACCAGCUCUGAACAGAACAUCGCCAUUGAACAAUUCACAGAACAGCUACGUGAUAUCGAAACAACAUUAGAUCAAAAGACGAAAACAUUAGAAUCUCUUCAUGCUGCCAAUUCAAAUUCAUUGAGUGAUAAUUUCUCGGAAGAUGUUUCCGUACAAAAUUUACCGAAGGAAACAAAUCCAACUCCGCAGGCUUCGCCUAUAAAUACACCACGACAUCAUUCUCUGCCAAUUGAUGAAGUACAACGUGUUUUCCAAAAACUUUCGAAACAUACAAGGGUUGAAGAGGCCGCUAUUAAACGGAUAAAAGAUCUGGAGAUGCAAGUGGCGAGUAUAAGGACUGGUUAUGCGGAAUUGGAGAAUGAGCGAAAACUCCUUCAAGAAAAAAUGACGGAGCAGGUGGUACGAAUUUCAACUCUUCAAUCGAAACUAGAGGAGCAGCGACUUCGUGCCGAAGAGCUGAAUCGUCAAGGAACCUCUGGCUUUGCCGCGCGAAUUCAUGAUCUUCAAAGUGAAGUCUACAAUCUUAAAGAAACGCUUUCCGCUCGUGAUAAACAAAUCGCAAAUUUGAAGAACCAGCUAGAGGAAUCUGUCGCCAUAAUUAAUCGCCAAGAGGCGGAGCUGGCUGUUACGAUUCAAGGCGGUUCGGGACGAGUCACUCAGUUGGAAGCAGAGCUCAAAGUAAAAGCUGAAGAAAUUAAGCAACUUAAGGAAAAGAUGAAGAAAGAGAUGAUUAACAAGUUGGCUCUCCCGGAUUUGAUGGAAACAAUGCUGGCAGACAAAAAUGAAGAAAUUGAUCAUUUGAAGGAGCAACUGGAUAAGAAGGAAAAGGAGCUGCAAGGCAUUUUGAAUAUUAAUUUAGAGCAGAAUGAAAAUAGUUCCAAAGAGAAGGAAAAAUCGAUUGAGCAAGGGGAUGGAAGCAAGGGCAGUGGAAGAACCUUGAGCGAUAUAGUUUCCAUAUCUGAGUUCGAUGAGCCUGACGUGAUAAGGAGAGCAAUGACCCACUUGGAUACACCUCUUGAAUUGCCUCAGUCGUCUUUCCCGGAAAAGACUAUGGUCCUUAUCGGAGAUGUAUGUGUUUUUGCUAUUAAGGAAUCAUCCAAACGUGUCUCAGCCAAUCUCACCGAAAAACCGUCUGGCGAUAUGACCAUGUUUGACCUCCCAGCAACAUCCAAUGCCAUGCGCACCUUCGACCAUCCCAACUUUUUCAUGGCCACAUCAACAUCGUCAAAAAUGGGCAACAACACUACACCCUCAUUCGUUCCGCGUCAAAUAAACUUUUCAGAGUUCGCUGAUGAUACCAAAAUGAAAGAGUCAACUCCGCAGAUAAUUGAAGUCACUGGCGCGGAAGGCGAGGAAGUUGAAAGCUUGCGAAAACUUCUCAAAUCUACAGAGGAUAAGGCUGAGAGCUUGAAAAUGUCUUUAGAAGCGAUCGAAAGUGAGAAAUCUGCUGAAAUCGGUCGUUUGAAGGUGGAGUUAGAAACUAAGACAAAGAUGUAUGAAGAGCUGGUGAAAGAAAAGAAUGAGCUAGAGCAGAAGCUGGUGGGUUAUGCCCAGUUGGAAGUGGAGCUGAAAGCAAAGUCUGCUCUGAUAGAAGAACUCAAACAGCAAAUAGAUGAACACAAGUCGAAGGUAAGUUCGCUUGAAAAACUUGUCGAGGAGAAGACUUCUGAAAUUGCCGAACUGAAGACAACACUUGCCCGUAAGACUGAUAAUGCCACAGAUUCGAAUGAGAAAAUUCUGGACCUAAAUCACCAAAUUGAGCUACUAAAUAAACAAAUGAAACAAAAGGACGAGAUUUUAUCAAAAUGCGAGAAAAACAUUUUGAAUUACCAACAGAAUGAGAAGAUUCAUUCGGAUCGUGUUGCCGAGAUUGAAGAUGCUAAAGGGGCGAUCCAGGCCGAACUCGAUUUGGUAAGAGCAGAGCUAUCAGAAAAAGUUCUUCUCUAUCAAAAGGCAGUCCUAGAUCUCGAGUCUUACUCAUCCCAGUUCGAAAGACUUGAGCAAGAUCUUGCUGUGAAAGAAAAACGUCUUAAGGAUAUAGAAGCUGGUGUCGGUUCAGCCGAUGAGAUCAAUGAGCUUCGUCAGAAAAUUCAAGAACUUGAUCAACAUAAUGCUGCCCUUGAAUCAGAACUGGAACGUCUUCGAUCUCAAAGCGGUGACUCGAAGCCAUAUUCUCUAGACGAGAUAGCUGAAAAAGUGGAGAAAGAACUGAAUUAUUCUGCUCAACUGGACUCAAAUAUUCUCAAGGCCAUUGAAAGUGAAGAAGAAAACAAUUUAAAUGUUCAUACGAAAUCUAAUGGGAGUCAGGCUGCUGAUAAUAAUUUGACAAGUCAGUUAGAAGCACUCAAGGCUCAGCUAGAGAAAGAGCAUCAAAAGUCAACUCUCCUUCAACAGCAACUGAAUGAAGUUAGGGCGCAAACGCAGGACAUUCAGAAGCAAGAUGCAGACAUAAUUGAGGCCAUGAGGCUCCGGCUCGAGGAAGCAAUCGAUAAGGAAACUGAAUUGCAUAAGAUCCUCGACGAAGAGCGAGAGAAAUGUGAACGCUUAACCAAUCAAUUGACCGUUCUACAAAGGACUGAGGCCCGCAAAUCAAGCUUACUGAAAACUCCGCCCGAUUCGCCAAGGAAGGCUGCCCGGGCGGCGGAAGAUGCUGAAGCUAUCGAACGACUAAAAGAAGAACUCAAGCUCAUUAACUCCCAAAACGAAAGAGAACGCGAACGCGUGAACGAUCUCCAGAAAGUCCUUGAGCGCGAAAAAAAUCGCUUCGAGAAAGAACUUAUCGAUCGGGCUGAAUACAGUGAAAAGCUCAAAAAAGAAAUGGAUAAACUUAAACAUGACAAAGACUUGGCUGAUGAGGAAGUAGAACAUUUGCAAGAACGUCUAACAUCCGCCACCCGCGAAAUUGAAAGUCUUGAAGCGAGGAUUUCGACCCUCCAAGAAGCAGAGACAAGACGAGCAUAUCGCCGAGGAAAGGAACGUGCCGAAACCACUCAAAAUGCCAUCGAAAUGCAGGAGAUCCGUAACAAAAUCGUUCAAUUGGAAAGCGAACGUGACCAUCUAAAUGAAGUAAUUAAAUUGCUCAGAGAAGAUGUAGAGCGAGGAGCGCAACGUGAAGCUAAAUUGGCUGGAGCACUGGCGAACGCUGGCAACGAUAAUUCCAUUCCUGAACAAUUCAUGCAGAAACUAAAGGAGAUGAAUUAUUUGCUGAGCGAAAAUGCCAAAGAGAAUCGACAAAUGGCUGAGACUUUACAAUAUCUCACGGAUGAAAGAAAAAUGUUGCAGCGAAAAUGUGAGGAGUUGGAAUCAACUUGCCAAACGGGAGCAUUGGCAGCAACAACCCUAUCUGAAAUGGAAGAACGUGCCAAUCAUUUGUUCGGAAAAUAUCUACGAGUCGAGAGUCACCGGAAGGCGUUAGUGCACCAGAAGAGGUAUUUGAUGAUUGUUCUGCAAACUUAUCAGGAGAAUGAAGCAAAAGCCUUGAGUAUGCUGAACGGUGGGGAGCCGCGUCGAAAGAAACGUAGAUCGUUCAAAUCUGUAGCCCUAAUUGUGAUCGCUAUUGAACGGAUGAAAUUCAUUGUCCGGAGGUGGCAUACUGGUAAAAUUGUAGUAUCGAAGUCCAUUUUCAACAUGGCCACGCAGAAACGUCUCACAUCUGCGUCUGCUAGUGGCAAUGCUAGCAAUAGCACUCGUGCCGGCAAACACAUCCUCACUUCUCUCUCGCCGCCAUGUCGCGACCAGCCCCAGCUUAAUCGUCAAACCUUCGCCAGUUUGGCUAUAAGACCGCCCUUACAGGCGCCUAGUUUAAUUUCAGAAUACACCGACAAAUCCGAUUGGACAAAUCGAUGGAGGCAAACUUAGGCUGUAAAAUUUUAGUAGCUUUUAGGGCGAAUAGGUUUUUAAUCCACAGGGCAUUACGUUCUCUUUCGUAGAAUCUGUACAGUAUUGAGUUUCCUUUUUUAUACCAUGAUUUUAGUUGUAGGAGUAUUUGUUAUCAAGUUGCCAUUUUAGUCAAUGAGUUAAGAUCCUGAGAAUGGUUUCGUGUAGAAUAGAAUUGAUAGUUUUUUCUGGAUCUGCAUUUUUUUCUGAAGGUCGUGUCUAGGAUCAGAGGUCGUAGGAGUCCGGUUUUCAUUGAUUUGGUCUCGCAAUAGCAGCGAGAGCAAUCAAUACAGGACUUUCCCGAGUCUGUUCCGCACUCGCCAUCAACCUAGUCAAAAAUUUCGUCAGCUUUAAUCGUGUUGGAUCUCCUUCACCAAUUUUGAAAUGAGAUUGCAACAUGUCUCCUUAUGCCUUACAUCAUGUUUGGUACAAAUCAAUAUCAACGUAGUGAAAAUCGAGUAAUUACAAUUAACAAAAUUGUGCCUUAACACAUGUAAUGGACGCUUGGAUUUUACUUUCUUAUUCUGGAGAUCAUUUUCUCAGAAUAUACUGCAACAAAUCAAACUAUUUUAUACGUGGAUCGUUGGAGUUCCCUUAGUGUAAUGUAGAUGUAUUUUUUAAGAAUCUUUGAUCUAUUGACUCUGAAUAAACUUUUAUAGAUUUAGAGAUGGUAAGCAUGACGAUAGGACAUGAGUUUGCUUUUAAAUCGCUGGGGGGCUUUCCUCAGCUGUAUCUUACUUUAGUACUGACUGUUAAGUUUCUAUUCUGUAAGCACCAAUGUUAGGGUUAAGUGAGAUUCCCAUUUUUAGUGAAGUGAAGAUAUUGCGUCCUUUAUUAGUAAGACGGUCGCUUUAAGUCAUAAUUGUAUUUUGUUCCAAAUGGUUGUAAUUCCCAAAUUAUUUCAGAUCGUUUUAUUUGUUUGUUAUUCUAAGUUCCCGCAUUUUUUCACUGAUAAGUUCAUGACAAUAAAAUAUUUCAUCU